GAUAAAGAGGAACUGCAGCAUGCUAAGGGACUUAGAAUUUGCCAUCCUAAAGUGCCAUUCGUCGAUGGGUAUAAAGAACGGGAAAAGUUGGGGCAAUGCAAGACAGAGGAAAGAGAUUUGGAAAUAAGUAAAAGGCAUGGACAUCUCGAAAAUGAUUUUCCUCAUCACAGCUUUUCUUCUUGGAGGGUUGUGUGGGGUUGACACGGAGGGCCAUACAGUUGUGGGCAUCGUGGGACACCAGAUUACAAUUACAUGCUCUCAUGCAAAUGCAGAUUCUAACUUCAAAUACUUCUGCAACAGAAGGUGCACUGACGAGGAUGUCCUAGUAGCAAGCGAAGGACAUCGUGAGUCUUCAAAAGGAAGAUUUCACAUUAAAGACGAGGGAAACACAUUCUAUGUGCAAAUCAGUGCCCUGAGAAAGACGGAUUCGGGUGUUUACUGGUGUGGAGUAGACAGAAUUGGCCUUGACACGUACAUGACGAUACAGCUUACAGUUGUAGAUGAUGGCGCAGUGAUUACAGGUGCGUCAACUUAUGAUCAGCUGGUAUACAUCGCAGCAGGUCUUGGGAUUGCUGUGCUGGUCCCAGCACCUGUCGUUUUAAUAUUCAUCAGAAAACGAAGACGAAAAACCAGCACAUCCUCUGGUGAGGACCGUGACAGCAUGCGUGCUGUGCCACUCAAUCAGCAACAAGAUGUAAACACGACAACCUGCUCCUCAGUGGGCAAUGACAACCAAGAAACAGAAUUUGGAUCAAAACUCAUCUAUGUCGCAUUACAGCACCAAAAUGAACGUAGGGUGUGCACAAAUACCAUUCACUCAAAUGUCACCAUGUCAAAAGAGUCACAAGUGCAACCAGACUGUGAUGAACUGCAAGACCAGGCCCUGUACGCCACUGUAAAUCACAAUGGAGAUGUGAACAGUAGUGCUGCCCCACCACACACAGAAGGAGCCACAUACUCUACAAUUAAAAUCAAAUCCGAAGAUAGUGACGAUAACGCCACAGUCACACCUGGACUCAGCACUGAUGAUUCUUCUGGUUGAUGAUAUUACCACCCCUUUAUCAAUGUCUAUCAGCUCUACAGCAUGAAUAACACCCUAGAACCAUGAACUAGUGUCUUCGUGUGCUAGAUUACAACAGAAUUUAAUGGUUAUUAUAAAGGUUUUAUCAAUAAGAAAACACUUUUAUCAGUCUUAUGAUGUGUAUCUUGCUGGAUAGAGGGCGCAACCCUCCUCUCUUUCUCAGGAAUCAGGAAUAUUUAUGUCAUUUCAUUUCAUUUCAUGCACUUGCCCAUGAAAUGAAACGAUAUUUAUGUCAUAAGGAUGAAUCUAUGUUGCUAAAUUGUAAGCAAUGCCCUAAUAAAAUGACAUCU